AUGAUAGACGACUCAGUUGAAAGUGGCUCUCUCUCUUUGCCCGGCUAUUCUCUGGUUACCCGUAGGGAUCGUACUUCUCAUGGUGGUGGUCUCCUAGUCUGGGGUAAAUCAGUCCUAAACGUUACUGAAGUCGACUGUGAUUCUACGGCGGAAUGUUGCUGGGUGCUCGUGGCAACUGUCAUCGGUAACAUCUGCAUCCUAUGCGCCUAUCGUCCUCCUAACACUACUCAUGUCGAACAUUAUCUUAGGAGAUCCUUUCAUAAGGUCACGGUUUUUAAUCCUAUUUGCGUUCUGGCCGUUGGUGACUUCAACAAGCACUCCUUGGAUAGCCUCUUCUCGACUACUCGAAGUCUGGGUCUUUCGCAAAUCGUCCGUGAGCCGACUCAUAUACACGGUGGUACUCUUGAUAUGGUCUUCACCAACUCUGAUACCCACUGUAUUAAGGCCAAAGUUGAUCCUAUUGAGGCUCGUAUCUCGGACCACUCGUGUGUUGUCACCACUAUUCCUAUCACACUGACGACGGACUCAUCCCGGACCACGCGACCUGGCUGGGACUUUAGGGUAGCUGAUUGGCCUAAGUUCCGUACCUAUGCUUGCUGUAAGUUGAGGAGAAAUCUUUUCUCUAAUGGUUCUCCCGAUAAUGCUGUUGAGCACCUUCAAGCAGUACUCCGCGCUGGUCUACGCAACUUCGUCAAAGAGGUUCACAUACCUACCUACCAAAACUCGGUUCCAUGGUGGGACGAGACCUGUACAAGCGCUUUUGCCUCUCUGCUGAGAGCCUCUUCUACCGAUUCUCGAGAUUCUGCUCUUCAGCUCAUAGAAGCUAAGCGGUCUGGUUACUGUGACUCUGUUCGCUCUAAGCUCGUUGGUGGUCGACUUUCGUGUAAGCAGUUUCAUCGUCUCGCUAAAGAACUCUCGCUGAGCACCAAAGCUAAGUCUUGCGCUAUUCCCCCUUUGGAACUGAGCCCUGGUGUUCUCACUACUGACGAUGCGGCUAAAGCCGAAGCGCUGGCGAAGCAUUUCGAAUCAAAGAUGAUACUUCCCCCCGUGUCCGCCCCCUUCAAACUUGGUGAUAGGAUCGCUGACGCACAAUCCAUCACAACCUUACGCGUUGACCCUUGUGAUGUUAGGAGUGUUCUUGAACGACUGAAUGUCUCUAAAGCUGCAGGUCCUUCCUGUAUCGGCCCUAGGGUUUAUCGUGAAUUGGCUGGUGUUCUAGCCCUCCCUCUCUCAAGACUCUACAACAACAUCCUCCAAAAGGGUCUAUGGCCAAGGGCUUGGAAGACCUCCAACAUUUGCCCCAUCUACAAGCGGAAAUCCAAGCGUGAUGUUCGCAACUACCGUCNNNNAAGCGUGUACUCUCCAGGCUCUGUCCAUCCCAGUCAGCAAGCACUACCCUUCCACCUGCUAAGAAACGUUUCCUCACUAAGCUCCCACCAGCUCAGUCUGUGA